AUGGCAUUUACGCAUAAGAAAAUCCUGACUCAGGAGAACAUUCAUGAAGAUAAUGGAUUUGAGUUUAAACAGCAAUCAAACUUUGUUACUCAAAGCACAAGUCCUUCAGGGAAAACAAUGUGUAAAGAUGACUGUUACAGCAGGAGCUUUUCACAUAACCUAGAUUUAAGUAAUCAUCAGAGAAUCUACACAAGUGAAAAGCCAUACAAAUGUGACCAAUAUGGGAAAUACUUUGGCUGUGGUUUGGAUCUCACUCAACACCAGAGUACUCAUACUGGAGUUAACCCAUACCUUAUUAGAUAUCAGAAAUUUGGUGCUAGAGAAAAGCCCUUCAAAUGCAGAAAUUGUGGCAAAUCUUUUAGCAGGGGGACACACUUUACACAACAUGAAAGAUGUCACACCGGGGAGCGACCAUUUGAGUGUACUGUAUGUGGGAAGUCGUUCAGCUGGGACUCAUCCCUUAUUCUACAUCAGAGAACUCAUACUGGAGAAAAACGCUAUGAGUGCAGUGAAUGUGGGAAGGCCUUCAGCCAAAGCACGUGCCUCCCACAACAUCAGAGGAUUCAUACAGGCGAGAAACCUUAUGAAUGUAAUCAGUGUGGGAAGGCCUUUAGCCAAAGUUCACAUCUAACUCUGCAUCAGAAAACUCGUACUGGGGAGAAACCCUAUGAAUGUAAUCAGUGUGGCAAAGCCUUUAUUCAGAGCAUUCAGCUUAGUCUGCAUCUAAGAACUCAUUCUGGAGAAAAAUCUUAUGAAUGUACCGAAUGCGGUAAAACCUAUAGUCAUAGCUCAUCCCUAAUGCAACACAAGAGGAUUCAUACUGGAGAAAAACCCUUUGAAUGUAAAGAAUGUGGGAAAGCCUUUACCCAGAGCAUUCAGCUGACUUUACAUCUGAGAACACAUACUGGAGAGAAACCCUAUGAAUGUACCGAAUGUGGCAAAGCCUAUAGUCAUAGGUCAUCCCUUAUUCAACAUAAGAGGAUCCAUACUGGAGAAAAACUUGAAUGUAAUGAAUGUGGGAAAGCUUUCCAAUGGAACACACAUCUUACUCAACACCAGAGAAUUCAUACUGGAGAGAAACCUUACAAAUGCAAAAAAUAUGACAAAUCUUUCAGCAGAAGUACACACCUUAAUCAACAUCAGAGAAUUCAUACUGAAGAGAAACCCUACAGGUGUAAUGAGUGUGGGAAAACCUUUGGUCAGAGUGCAUAUCUGACUCAACACCAGAGGAUGCAUACUGGAGAAAAACCCUAUCAGUGUGAGGAAUGUGGAAAGGCCUUCACUGUAAAUGCAUACCUUGCUCAACAUCAAAGGAUUCAUAAGAGAAAGAAACCUUUAUUAUAUGCCAAUCACAAAGAAAUUCUGACUGGAAAGAAGUCCAACAAAUGGAUCUAA